AUGGGAAACUUAAAGAUCAAUGUUUCUGAUGCACCCACAUUUAUACUGACGGGCUUCCCUGGAAUGGAAGCUGUGGAGCCCUGGUUAUCCCUUCCUCUUCUUCUGCUCUAUGCUGUCUCCAUUGUGGGCAACAGUUUGAUCCUUCUCAUUGUCAAAGAGGAGCAGAGCUUGCACCAACCCAUGUAUUACUUCCUGUCCCUACUCUCGGUGAAUGACUUGGGAGUGUCGUUUUCUACACUGCCCACCGUGCUGGCUGCCUUCUGCUUCCGUGCCCGUGUGAUUGCCUUCAAUGCCUGCUUGACCCAAAUGUUUUUCAUCCACCUUUUCUCUUGGACAGAAUCUGGCAUCCUUCUGGCUAUGAGCUUUGAUCGCUAUGUCGCCAUCUGCAAUCCACUGCGCUAUGCCACAGUGCUCACUAAUUCCCGAAUUGUGGCUAUGGGUCUAUGCACGGUUCUUAGAAGCUUCAUUCUUAUUCUGGUCUUCCCACUGCUACUGCACAAACUGCCCUUCUGCCACCACCAGAACAUACUCUCUCAUGCCUACUGCCUUCAUGUAGAUAUGAUUAAGCUGGCAUGCACUGAUGUCUCCCUCAAUAGCCACUAUGGGCUGUCCAUUGUGCUUUUGACUUUUGGCCUGGAUUCUGCACUCAUUUUUGUCUCCUAUGUUUUGAUCUUGCGAUCAGUAUUAGCCAUUGCCUCCCGAGAGGAGCGUCUCAAGACACUCAACACAUGUGGGUCCCACAUCCUUGCAGUGCUCAUCUUCUAUGUACCCAUGGUGAGUGUAUCCAUUGUGCAUCGCUUUGGAGCUGGCCUGCCCCAUGCUGUCCAUAUCCUCAUGUCCACCGUCUACCUCUUUGUGCCUCCCAUGCUUAAUCCGAUCAUCUACUCAAUUAAGACAAAGGAGAUACGGCGCAGGCUUCUCAAGAUGCUCUUCAGGGUGAAGUCUUGA